UGUUCCGGCUGCUACUGUAUUUCAUUUCGCCGUGGACGGCCAGUCAUGGAGGGCUCGGGGCCCAGCGAAGUAACAGGCUCGGACGCAUCCGGUCUGGACCCGCAGCUGGCAGUCACCAUGGGCUUCACGGGGUUCGGGAAAAAAGCUCGCACAUUUGACUUGGAAGCAAUGUUUGAACAAACUCGAAGAACAGCUGUGGAGAGGAGUCGGAAAAUACUGGAAGCAAGAGAAAAAGAGGAAGAAAUUAACAGAGAAAAAGAAUUAAGAAAACAAAAUGAAGAUAUUGAACCGACAUCUUCAGGCUCAAAUAUGGGCAGAGAUUACUCGAAAUCAUCUUCCAGGGAUACAAGCAGCAGUGAAAGUGAAGAGAGUUCUGAAUCUUCUGAUGAUGAGUUAAUUGGCCCUCCUUUGCCCCCUAAAAUGGUAGAAGAACAAGCUGAUCUUAUGGAAGAAGACAUCAUUGGUCCUUUACCUCCACCUCUUGAUGAGGAAGAAGACGAAGUAGAGGAAGACGAGGAAGAGGAAGAGGAGGAA